AUGGCAUCAAAAAGUUCUAACAUUUUUAAUGAAUUUUUUAUUCAACAUACAAGUGUAUCAUUAUUGAUGAAUGAAAAUGCUGUACCUGAUGUACGUGUUGAUGUGGAAACAAUACUUAAUAAACUUGUACAGAAAAAUAAUUCUUAUAAACAUUUAGAUGAAGGUACAGAUUAUAUGCUGGCACACGCAAAAUGUUCAAUACUCGGUUCAUCAAUUAAUAUUCCUAUUACAUCAGAACUUUUAGUUUUUGGUACUUGA